AUGGAGAUCCAACUGAACGCCGCUACGGAAGAUGAGGAUAUGGAGGAGACAGCGCCCGAUCUACUGCACGCUGUGCACAUGUCUUCUCUGCUAUCAGAUGACGUGGGCACUCCUCAGAAUGCUUCACAUCUGCCACGCUCAGGUCUCUCAAGCCUCAUUAACUCCCCAUUGCCAGACGAUCAGAAUGAUGAAAUCGUACUUAGUCAGGACUCCGAAACUGUCGAAAAUGAAAUUGACGAUAAUGUUGAAAUGGAAGAAAAAAAGCAGUCCGUGUCAAAAAUGCCCACGCUACAAACAGCUGAGCUACAGACACUGCAGACGGAGCUGGAUGCGGCACUUAUAAAGCUCUAUACGGAGACAGCACCAGCUCCAAAGAGACAGAAGAAAGGAAAACAGAGUCGAAAAACUAAAACUGCUGUUGUCACUAAUAGCAAUGCAGCAGAGAUGGAAAUAUUUCGAGUACUGGACCGUUUGCAACGGAUUGUGAGCACGCAAUUCACCCAAAAAGACGUUCUUGAGGACGUUAUGAAGCUUUGUCUUGCUUUUUGUGAGCUGGUGGACGAGAAAGAGCCGGUGCAGAGCUUUGUGGUGCUAAAAAUUGACGAGAAAAAGAAGAAGAUGGUGGAUCUGGACAAAACGGUGGGCAAAUUGCCGAGUAAACCACUUUACGGACAAGUAAUGGGCGUUCUGAGACGUACCGUGCUCUGUGGAGGCGAGACAAUUGGGCAAGAGUUUUUGACGCAGGUGCUGGAUUGGUGUCUAGUCCGACCAACGCCUUCAAAUUGGAUGUGGAUGCUGGUGUCAAUUGCGCAAAUGGAUUCAUACUCUGUUCAAGAGUUUUUGUUUCGUGAAGCAAUUGCGAGAUAUCAGGGUAUAGGAGCAAUCGACGAUGAAGUGCAACAGUUUCUUCCGGCCUUGGAGUUUUUGAUCGAAAAGUAUCCGGCAAAAAUGGUGGAUAUUCUCUGUGAUGUGUUGGAAGAGUGUGCAUCUAGCAACGAAGGAUCGACUGAGAAAGUGAGGCGGCUUGUGGCGCUAGCAAGUGAUUCUGCCGUCCUUGUUGCUGCAUGUGACGAUAACCUUCAGUGGAUUGUCACGGAGAAAUUGGUUAUUGAACUUGCCAGCAAGUUUGGGGAAGGAAAAGAAGCUGAUGGUAACGACAAUAUGCAUGUAGAAAGAAUGGAAGUGCAGCUGCUCAAUUUUGUCCGCAAACGAAGCGCGGAACUGUCAAACUCAGGCUUCCAACUGCUACUACUGCUACAGAAUCUAUCCGCAUCAGACUUGCCGCCACGACUCGCAGCUUCCGUUGUCUCAUUUCAAAAGCAGCUACGCGAGAUUGCUGGGUCUGAAUCCUCGCGUGCCUUUGCGAAAGGAAUUUACCGGUUCCUCCCGUACAUCUGCCAAAGCACUCUUCGACUGCUCCAAGCGAUGACUUCAGCUGAUGAAACACCUGAUAGUAGUAUGACAUCGUCAGGUGCUGAUGAAAUGAUGUCCAGAGACACAGCGAGCCGGCGUUUUGAAGAAUGGAAGCAGUGGUUGUAUGUGCUGGCACAGUCGAUUUCUCGAAAAGAGGUGACGGAGCUGCUUAUAAAGACCGAUUUGAUGUCGGCGGAGUCGAACGACUUAACUUUCGCAGCGACCCAACCUGCAGAUCGCGCUUUUUGUGAAUUGCUGACCUCGUUACUGGCACAUGCUUCGCCUGAGUACGUUAAUUUUGUCCGCAGUAUUAUGCAUGAAUGCCAGUCCGCUGCCCCAAGAGCUCAACGACGCAUUCUUAAUAUCGUUCAAAUAUUGCUCAGCUAUAACUACGCCAAAGACAUGUUCGCUGCAAAUAGUGCUCUCCCGAUCAACGUGCUCUCAGAACAAGAUGCGUCCUGUAUGCAGCAGCUUGCUCGAGCAGAGAGUUGGAGCGAAACCCUGGAUUCAUUUGUUCUGUGGAAAGGUCUUUCCGGAGUGGAGUUCUGGGAAAUUUUUCUGGAUUUGGCGCGCUCGAAGGAUUCGCUGGUCGCUUCACGUGCACUUUCACUCGUGUCCCAGACACCGUUUCUAUCCCUCGAAGAUCCAGCUUGGCAGUAUCGAUGUGUGCAGAAACUGUCGGGUGUAUUUUUCUCGACACUACGGCAAUAUCGGUCAGAACUCGUUUGGAAGGAAGAGAAUUCAUCCAGCGAAUUGCGUUUACCGCAAGGUCAUAAUGUUCUCCAAAGUCGUUUACAAACUCUCAAGAUGAUUGUGUUUCGCGUUUUAGCCCUGGAUGGAGGUGUUGCUCAUUACCAAUCCUCCAUUUACAGCAUGUUUGCAUCGUUAUGGUUAGACGCACUGUUGUCUAACACGUCGGUGACCAGUAUUCCCACGCAUUUUCCCAGUAGUGUAAACUUUGCUGACUUGAACACAAACGAUGAUGACGGUCUGCUUGACGAGCGCCAGAUUAUUCGAUGCGAGCGUACAUUUAGCUCCAAGUGCACAAAUUUGCAGUCAUCACAGGUAAUAACGAAAGUUGCCGAGGCAAAGCUGGUGUAUCGGAAAACACUGGACUCGUCUUGGGAACGUGAAAUGCAUGCUGCGCGUGUGUGUAGCGUGUACGCGACCGAUCUAUUCUCUCAGCUUCUCGCUUCUAACGGGACUGCUGCUAGCCUACUUACUGAUGCCGAAACUAAGGACAAAACUACGUCGAACAUGGAGGAGGACGAGCAGUUUGAGCGGAGAUUGAAGACAGUCGUGGAUUUGCUUUUGGAGCGUGUGGUUCCAUGCUGCGGCAUUCCAAGCGACGACGUUUACAAGGAUAUGCUGCCGAAUCGCUCGAGCUUCGAUGUUGACUUGCGUGUGGAGCAGUGGUUGAACCACUUUCCUGCAUUUCUCCCGUUGCUGCGUUCCGUAGUCUCGACAUCGACGGUUUUGGGUUCUUCCCAGCUGCUACGUCUUGUGCCUGUGUUCAAGUCGGCGUUGAUUGUGUUAUUGGGCCACUGGAACAGUGUUAAGGGUGAGCUGAGCGUGGAAAAUGUCGACGUGCCUCCUUACAUGCGCAAUCAGAACCAGCUGGCGAUCACGUGCGAGUUAAUUCGGCUACUGCGCGCAACAACUUGGCUGCCUGUGCCCUUGGGCAAGACAGCUGAGCUUCUUCCAUUGACUACACCUGCUGACAUUCGCUCGAUUCUCUUCAGCUGCUGGUUUUACCUUUCCGAUCAUCCACCAAAGACUGGCUCACGUGCUCCGACACCUGCAACAUCCGCGACGACGUCUCCAAUAUCGUCAGGCUCGUCUCCUGCUCGUUUUAGUAUUGCCGGAUUGUCCACUGGUGGUCCCACAUCAAGCUCGAGUCAUCCACCUCUUGAGUUUUAUCUGAUCCCAUUGCGAAAAGCGUUGCAUCGCAAUAUCCGCAAGAUUGGUGCCAAGUACCCGCUCUUCUCCUGCUGA